AUGCCUGACUUCUCAAACGCAGUCGUCAGUCCUGUGUCUGGCCUCUGGAAGAGGACGGUUACAGGCCAGGGCGGCUUGUUGUCAGGAGUAGAUCCCGCAUCAUUCAGCACCUCAGAUCCCCUUAGGCUAUUGAUAAUACAAAUAGGUAUAAUUAUCAUGAUGGGGCAGCUGCUGUCACUUGGGUUGGGCAAGAUCAAACAGCCGAAAGUCAUUGCUGAAGUCCUUGGCGGAAUUCUCCUCGGUCCUACUGCCAUGGGACGAAUACCCGGUUUCACCGAGCACAUCUUCCCCUCUCAAUCCAUCACAUAUCUCUCGCUCGUUGCCAACGUUGGCCUCUGCCUCUUUCUCUUCAUAGUCGGUCUUGAAAUCGACGGGAGUGCCCUUAAGCGUAAUGUUCGCUCAUCUUUGUUCAUUGCACUCUCUGCCAUGACCUUGUCCUUUGGUCUCGGUGCUUCCAUCUCUGUGCCACUCUACCACACCUUCAUUCCUUCCUCCGUCAAGUUUACGUACUUCAUGGUUUUCAUUGGCGUGUCAUUCUCUAUCACCGCUUUUCCCGUUCUUUGUCGUAUCCUCACCGCACUGAAGCUCCUAGACACGACGGUCGGCGCCGUUGUCCUGUCAGCUGGCGUGUGCAAUGAUGUAGUUGGCUGGAGUCUGUUGGCACUAGCUGUGGCCCUCGUUAAUGCGACCUCCGGGCUCACAGCUUUGUGGAUCCUGCUAACAUGCGUGGCAUUCACAGCAUUUCUCAUGUGGCCGGUUAGAAUCGCGCUGCUGCGGUUCGCUAGGUUCACCGGAAGUACGGAGAACGGACCCACCAUGUUUUUCAUGACAGUUACCAUCUUGGUAUUCUGGGCAUGUUCGUUCUUCACGGACAUUGUGGGCGUAAAUGCUAUAUUUGGCGGUCUUGCCAUCGCACUAACGGAGAAGCUCGAAGAUAUGGUGACGAUCAUAUUUUUACCUCUGUACUUCACAAUCUCUGGGUUAAAUACUAACCUUGGGUUGAUUGACAACGGUAUCACUUGGGGAUUCACUGUCGCAAUUAUAUGUCUGGACUUCGCUGGCAAAUUCACUGCAUGUACGAUCACUGCACGGAUUACUGGAAUGGGUUGGCGAGAGUCAGGCACCGUCGGAUCAUUGAUGAGUUGCAAAGGUCUUGUUGAAUUGAUCGUGCUCAACAUUGGGCUCGCUGCCAACAUUCUUACCCAAAGGGUGUUCUCGAUGUUUGUCUUCGAAGCGUUGAUCCUAACGUUCAUGACUACACCCCUCGUCUCUAUACUUUAUCCUCCCGAACGCCGGGAUCAACCAUGGCGCUCCCGCUUCACCGUCGUCCUCGACAAAUUUGAUCACAUGGCCGGAAUGUUGGUGGCCACUCAACUGGUGUGCCCGCCCUCUCUUGAAUCGCCUUUGGUCGCCACUCCCCGAUCAACUGCGUCGAUGAGGACAUUUGAUAAGAUAAAAAUGCCUGAGGUUAGCGUGGACACUCUCCGUUUGAUUGAGCUGUCGGACCGUACCUCGGACGUCAUGAAGUCCUCAGCGGUUGACACACUCAUCCGCACUGACCCGCUACUGAGUGUGUUCCGCACCUUUGGGGAACUCAAUGAUAUACCUGUUUCACUCUCGCUUUCAAUUGUACCUUAUGACGACAUGCCGGGUACUGUGGCUGAUCAUGCCAGACGAUUCGGAUCUCAACUCCUCCUGUUGCCGUGGCUAUCACCAUCGUCCAACACAAAUGAAGACUUGUCUGGCCCACAUAGCCCGAAAAUCGAACUGAAUCCAUUCGAAGCGUUUUUUGGUGGAUCAAAACACACUGGCAAGUCCGCAGCCGUGAUCCAUUCGCAGUUCGUGCGCAGAGUAUUUGCAGAGAGCAAGACAGAUGUUGCGCUGUUCAUCGAUCCGGCCGGUACCGGCACUGGGAGUGCACGGCACAUAUUUUGCCCAUUUUUCGGCGGUCCAGAUGAUCGGCUUGCACUCGAGUUCGUAGUGCAGCUUUGUGCUAAUCCCAGAAUUAGUGCGACGGUCGUGAGGAUGUCAAAAAGUAGCGCCGAGAGUGCUGCGGUUGAAAGGCCGUCGCUCGCACAUCUAGAGGAGAAAGCAAGUUUAGAUAUGCCGAGUCUAGGAUACCAAAUGCCUGUCCCUGCGAAUGUUGUUUAUCCAGACACAUUUUACGGCCAGGCCAACACUGAAAUGCAUUUCCAAUCCGAGACAGCCAAUAGCGUCCUGUGGGCGCGAUACGCUAACUCUCAACUCUCGGAUGACAUGCCCUCCUCACUGAGCGCCGCCCUUUCCCGGAUCAAAUUCUCCGAGCAUUCGUCGCCUUUACCGCUACAUUCUGCCAUCCAGCUUGCGUCUGUGCACAAGCCUGUUUUGGUGGUUGUUGGGCGCUCACGGCGCCUUGCGGGGGAGGAUCACACAUCGGAGCUACAGCAGAUCCUUGAGGAGCGGGGCAGCGUGGGGCAAGAUGUUAUUAAGAAGACUAUUGGCGAUCCUGCAACUGCGUUUGUUGCCUCGGGGUGUGCAACUGCUGUCGUGGUGCUCCAGGCUUCGAAUGUAUGUUGACUGAACUGAGGGGAGGUAUCUGAAAUGAUUGAUUAUUAUCGUGCUGUAAAUAAAAUUGUACUAUGUGUAUGUCUACUGUUUACUGUCUUUGAUUUAAUCACGAUUACCUUGCGAAGCAAGGUCAUGUUCAUA